GACUCGCGAGGCUCCGCCCCCUCUGCUGCUGCUCCUUGAGUCGCCUAGGUCCGCAGUGACAGAGCUGAAGGGCUUCUCUCCCCGGCCGCUCGCCCGCUUCUCGGCAGCUCGCGCCUCAGUAGGUAAAUUAGCAAGAUGGAUUUUUCCCGACUACCCAAAAUCCGUGAUGAAGAGCAAGAAAAUAUAUUUGGCUAUGUAUAUGGAGUCUCAGGACCUGUGGUCACUGCCUGUAAUAUGGCUGGUGCAGCUAUGUAUGAACUGGUAAGAGUGGGUCAUAGUGAACUGGUUGGAGAGAUUAUUCGGUUGGAAGGUGAUAUGGCCACUAUCCAGGUGUAUGAAGAAACCUCUGGUGUAUCUGUUGGUGAUCCAGUCCUCCGGACUGGCAAACCCCUCUCCGUGGAGCUAGGUCCUGGUAUAAUGGGAGCCAUUUUUGAUGGUAUUCAGAGGCCUUUGUCAGACAUCAGCCAUCAGACACAAAGCAUUUAUAUUCCCAGAGGAGUCAAUGUAUCUGCUCUUAGCAGAGAUAUCAAAUGGGAAUUUACACCUUCUAAAAACCUUCGGGUUGGCAGUCAUAUCACUGGUGGAGAUAUUUAUGGAUUAGUAAAUGAGAACUCCCUCAUCAAACACAAAUUAAUGCUGCCACCCCGCAACCGAGGGACAGUGACAUACAUUGCUCCACCUGGCAACUAUGAUACCUCAGAUGUUGUCUUGGAACUUGAAUUUGAGGGGAUAAAAGAAAAGUUCACCAUGAUCCAAGUGUGGCCUGUCCGUCAAGUCCGACCUGUCACUGAGAAGUUACCUGCCAAUCACCCUUUAUUAACUGGCCAGCGAGUCCUUGAUGCCCUUUUCCCGUGUGUACAAGGAGGAACUACUGCUAUCCCUGGGGCCUUUGGCUGUGGAAAAACUGUGAUAUCACAGUCUUUAUCAAAGUAUUCCAACAGUGAUGUAAUCAUCUAUGUGGGUUGUGGAGAAAGAGGAAAUGAAAUGUCUGAAGUCCUCAGAGACUUCCCAGAGCUAACAAUGGAAGUUGAUGGGAAAGUGGAAUCUAUAAUGAAAAGAACAGCUUUGGUGGCUAACACCUCCAACAUGCCUGUAGCUGCUAGAGAAGCUUCUAUUUACACUGGAAUUACUCUGUCUGAAUACUUCCGUGACAUGGGCUAUAAUGUCAGUAUGAUGGCUGACUCUACCUCUAGAUGGGCUGAAGCCCUUAGAGAAAUCUCAGGUCGCUUAGCUGAAAUGCCUGCUGACAGUGGUUAUCCUGCAUAUCUUGGUGCCCGUUUGGCCUCUUUUUAUGAGCGAGCUGGGAGAGUAAAAUGUCUUGGGAACCCAGAAAGGGAAGGAAGUGUCAGCAUUGUAGGAGCUGUUUCUCCUCCUGGUGGUGAUUUCUCUGAUCCUGUCACAUCUGCCACUCUUGGUAUUGUUCAGGUGUUUUGGGGCUUAGAUAAGAAAUUAGCUCAGCGAAAGCACUUCCCUUCAGUAAACUGGCUGAUCAGCUAUAGCAAGUACAUGCGUGCCCUGGAUGAAUACUACGACAAGCAUUUUACAGAGUUUGUCCCUCUGAGGACCAAGGCCAAGGAGAUUCUGCAGGAAGAAGAGGAUUUGGCAGAGAUUGUACAGCUUGUGGGGAAGGCCUCUUUAGCAGAAACAGAUAAAAUUACCUUGGAGGUAGCAAAACUUAUCAAAGAUGACUUCCUGCAGCAAAAUGGAUAUACUCCUUAUGACAGGUUCUGCCCAUUCUACAAGACUGUAGGUAUGCUCUCCAAUAUGAUUGCUUUUUAUGAUAUGGCACGCAGAGCAAUCGAGACUACUGCCCAGAGUGAUAAUAAAAUCACAUGGUCCAUUAUCCGAGAACACAUGGGGGAGGUUCUCUAUAAACUUUCCUCCAUGAAAUUCAAGGAUCCAGUAAAAGAUGGAGAAGCCAAGAUCAAGGCUGACUAUGCUCAACUUUUUGAAGAUAUGCAGAAUGCAUUCCGAAGCCUAGAAGACUAAAACUGUACUUUUCUCCUCCUCUCCCUCGACCAGCUCUCAUGUGUUCUCAUCUCUUUAAAUUCCACAUCUCUUCCCCUUUGCUUCUUCAUUGUGCAUCAUUGAGACCAAUACGUGUGUGUGUGUGUGUGUGUGGUGUGUGAGAUCAUUUGUUUUCCUGUUCAUAUUUGAUAGGUCUUACAUAAAACAAAACAUUCCUUGGUUUCAGUGUUUGAAUGGGCUUCCUUGAUUCUUUGUCUGAAGUGUCAAAUAUAAUGACUGGACUAUCUCUGGUACAAAGUGGGAACGACUACACGAAAAUUAAUUUGGAUAGAGGAUGAUUUAAUGACUUUUCCCCUUUCUCCUAAUUUUUCCUUUUCCCCAAGUUCCAGACAGGAGUGAUACAGGUUUUGGUUUUUUUUUUAAGUAAAUGUUUUGGUAUGAAAGGCCUUGCCCCUGUUACCUUUUGGCAGGGAGUCAGUACAUGGAAUGACUCAUCGUUCUCUGUGGUGAGGGUGUUUGCAGCUUAGCUUUUUGCUAGGUGCCUUCUAUGCAGAAAAUUGUGGUUUCUGUUUUUUAGUAAUGAGAUUGAUUAAUGUAUUGUUCCAAUUAUGGGUUGCUUCUACUAAUAAAAAAUCAGGAAUAUUUGUAGAAAAUUGUGGAGAAUUACUCUGUUUCUCCAGUUGUGCCUGAAGCAGGGUGAAUGCAUUAAAAAGGCAGUUGUGGGGCUCAGCAAAAUAUUUGAAUCAGUACCAAAAAGGAGAGGGGAACCAGGUUGCCAGCUUUACCUUAACAUAUUUUGAAAUAAUAUUGUUUUUCUGGAGGUAAAUAUAUCAUAUCAAGAACUAUUGUACUGUGCUGAUGUUUUUUAAAAGUGUGCUUCAAAUAAUCAUCAGGGUCAUGUGUCACCCUUGCUCCCUUUCUUUCCUCAACAACCAUUUUAGAGACCUAAGCUCUUUUUAAGUUUUGUAGAGUACAUAUGAGUAGUAAGAUGCAGAGAGAAUGGUGGAUCAGUGGCUAUUUGGGACCAUUAAGGAAAAAUUUGACUGUAAAAAUUCUACCCUGGCCCCAAAAAUCACGUUUUCUUUGGAAUGGAUUACCUGUUUACUACAUUGUGUGCAUGUGUUUUGUUUUUGGUUUUUUUUUUAAUGUAUUAAAUUUGCCAGUUUGGGGGGGGGGGGGGAACUUAUUUGAGAGCAUUUUUUUUCUUGUGGCCAGUAAUACUGGCUCUGGUUUUUCCCAUUAUUGGCACAAGAGAUUCCCCAGAAUGUCUGCUUAUAGCCAUAGAGACAUGACUUUAAACGUUCGCCUCCAUUUUGUAGGGCUGAGGGAAAUAGUAGUUUCUUGUGUUUCCCUAAAGAUGUUAGUGACAGUGGCCUUUACAUUCCACUCUCUAGAGAAACAAGUCAUCUUAAAAAGAAGGUGGUUUCAUCCUGUCUCUUAUUAUACAUUUUUAAAUGUGCUUGUGGGGUACAUAAGGAAGGAAAACUACAGAGCAACUCUUGAGAAUAGCAGAAUAGCAUUCCCAUUAAUUAUUACUUGCCAAAAGUUCUGGCACGAAUACUUCAGAAUGAAUAAAUUUUAGGAGGAAAGGGGGAAAUUUCUUUGAAGGGAGCACUUGUAGCUAUCUCAAGUAGUUGUAAAAGUCCAGAUAAAGUAAUACUUAUUUCAGUGUCUUUUUGUUGGCCUAUUAAGGGUAGGUGCAAUCAUUUGAAGUUUUACUUGCAGUUUUGUUUAUCCAUUAGAUUGCAUAUUCUUGUGGUGGCCUACUGCUCAAGAAAGGUGUUCUUUUCAUAAAACUUUUCUGAAACCUUUUCAGUGUACUGCCAGAUAAAAGAAAUUAUGCAUUGGAUUGUUGUUGACCUGUCAACUUCAUGGUGCUGCUUAAUCAGUUUGCUUCCAAUAUGACCUCCUACCUAUUGACCCUAAGACCAACAGAAAUUUAAAAAAAAAAAAUAUAUAUUUCCACACAUCAAAAAUUCUUUCUUAUUCCACCAUAAACCAACAGGCAAACUGAAAUUGUGCCAGUAAUCAAUGGUCUUAUGAAGGAGAAGUGACCAAGAUUGUACUGUUAUUAAACUUCCAGUGUAUGCAUGCAUCUCCUUUUAAGAGUGUUGAUGUAUGAGUAUGAGAAGUUCUUGUGGAAACCAUUCUCCUUCAUGGCUUGGUGCCCCUUCACCACUGUACCAUGUCAUAGAAUUUCAGAUUAGGGAACUGGUCUUAUUUCUUUAAUAGGGUUGAGGUUAACUUAAAACAAUCUUUUUUCAAAAAAGAUGAUGCAGUUCUAUAUUUAUUGUGCUGUAUGUGGCCCAGAUGGAGCCAGUUUAACCAGUUUAAUUUGUAUUUUUUCCAGUGUUAAAUCUCACAUUGUGCCCAUUAAGAAAUUAUCUCCCCACUUCAGGAAUGAGGCAAUAUUGCCCCUUUUCUCCUUGAGAUUUCACUACUUUUGUGUUGUAAGUUGUGUAUAAUUGUUCAUCUAUAAGAGAAUUAAAAGUAGAUUUAAAGUAA